AUGUCAUACUACUUUGUGAUAAUUUCGCCGACCGACACGCCGUUGUUCGAGCUGACUUUCGGAACUUCCAAGGCAGGCGGAGAUGGCAUAGCCCGAUUCCGCAACGGCGAGACCUCCCGCUACAUGAAUCAAUUCAUCGUCCAUGCUGCUCUAGAUGUUGUCGAAGAGGUUCAAUGGCUGACGCCGAACAUGUGGCUGAAGGUCAUUGACAGCUAUGCACCGACCAGCUCCCACGUGUCGUGUUUCAUCGCUGGUUCCAACCACCGCUUCAUGUUACUUCAUCAACCAACGCCGAUGCCUACUUCAUCAGCUGGUAGUCGAGCUUCGACCAUUUCAUCCAAUUCCAUUCCUCACAACCCGACAAGUCCACAGACGGAAGAUGCCAUUCGGCAAUUCAUGACCGAAGUCUUUGAGCUGUGGGUUAAAGCCUCCAUGAAUCCGUUCUACCGUCUGAACAGUCAGGUUGUGAGCCCGGUCUUCCGCCAGCGCGUAACCGCAGCCGGCCGGAAAUGGCUGUAG